AUGCACCUCCGCAACGGACGCGUCAUCGGUCCCACACCACAGGAGACUCCUACAAUGUCGGUCAACAAGUUGCCGAGCGGGACACCAGCCCAUCAUCGCCACGCGACUCCGAAACCCACCGUGGCAGAGCGGUCGCAUGGGCAUAAGGAGGCGCCCCCGCAGGAGACACCUCUGCCCAACGUUACGCCAGGGGACAGUCCCAUCGUCACCUGGAACCAAUUCCAGUCUGCAAUGAGUGUGAUUAGAACUGUAAUAGGGGGAGCCGGAGCAUCCGGCGCAACGACUCUUAUACUACCUGAAGACGGCAGCACUAUGAAGGCCUUUCUGAAGCGCAUCGAGCGCCGGCAUGCCCAAAUGGGAUUGGAACCGCGCGAGUGGGGAGAUACACUCAUAGACCACCUUGUGGGCCCGGCUCUAACUUAUUUGAUGUAUCUACAGGAAACUAUCGGCUAA